AUGAGUAACAACUUGAUGAUCAUCACAGAUGAGAAGGAGGAAUUAAGGAGGCAUAAAGAUUUGAGGAUAAGUGAAUUGGAAGAGGAGUUAACAGAGAAAAUUUAUGAACUUGAAGCUUGUAUGAGGGAGAAUGCUGGUUUGGAAUCUCAAAACAACAGUUUGGCUUCACAAGUUGACAUUCUAAGCAAAGAAAAUGGAAGUUUGAGCAGUAAGAUGAAGAGAUUGAAUGAUGAGGUUGCUGACUCGAAGACUGAGAAUAAGAGAUUAAAUGAUGAGUUGCAAAGGGAAAAUGACCAUCUCAAUGAAGAUCUCAUGGGAAAAUACAAGAUCAUCCAUAACAAGCUUCAACUCCACUGUGACGAGCUUGAAAGAGAUUCCGAUGAAUUGAAGCACUCUCUGGAGGAGCAAAAAGGGGCUGUUGAUAUCAUUGAGGAGGAGGAGACAAACAUCCAGUUGCUUUUUGGAUGUUUGAUCCCAAAAUUUGUAAGCUAUUUUGAUGUUGGUGUUGCUUUUUUGGCUUUUGGAAUAGAAUGUUGCCUCAUAUCUUUGGGUGAGGGAGACGAUUACAAGUCUUUGGAAUAA